AAAGGGAAAAAUAAAAUUUGAAAAAUUAUUUGAAUUUAAUUUUCCAUUUUGGGAAACAAAAAACAAAAAUGCUUUUGAACGGGAACGAAAAAAGGGUCGUUUGUGGUCGUUUGUUCAUAUUCCGAGACCGGAUGUGGUUACUUUUUUGUGGCAAAAGCGCCAAAAUUUUCAGGCUGCCAGUGUUAAAGCAGAACAAAAUGUCUUUAGAACCUUACGGAGAUCUGAUUUUAGACAUGGCAAAACAAGGCUUGUCAUCCAUUGAAAUCGCAGCGCAAAUAGGCCAGGUGAGUGGGGGAGCUAGAGGAUGUUCUGCAAGAAACGUCAGGAGAUUCUGCAAUGAAAAUGGCUUGAGUAUGAUAGGACUCCCUGACGCACAUUUGGAGUUGGAGGUGGCAAAAGCUAUAACUGAGGUAUGAUCCUGCUUUAUUUCCCUUUUGCUACAGGAUGUGUGUGUGAUGUGAGAGAAAGAAUUUGAGAAGGAACAUGUAGUAACAUACACACGCACGCACCUCUACUGUAUGUCUAGGAUUUGUGUCUUAUCAAAUUUGACUGGCAUCUUUUAUCCCUGUGUAUUACAAAUAGUAAACAAAGUGCCUCAGCCUUCCAAUAUUUAUAGUGACUAUCAACAUCCGAAUAACUGAUCAAUUCCAUUAUACAAAAUGGAAAAUGUGGCGUCUAAUUUAAUGAUACAUCAGUUGGUAAGAUUUUGGAAUGUGCAAAUUAUUUUUUAUUGUUUAGACUGGACCUACAUAUGGAAGAAGGAUGAUGAAGGGAUAUCUUGCCAUGAAAGGAAUGCAUGCUGCAGAGACACGAAUUGGAUCAGCACUCAGAACUAUGCAUCAGCCUUACCAUGAAGCAAGACGUCAGGGUGCCCGCAAUCUCAACCCCAUACCAUACCAGGCUGAUUACAUGGGUCACAAGAUUCAUAUGGACCAAAAUGAAAAACUGGCUAUGUUUGGGGUGACCCAUGUUUUAGCCAUCGAUGGUUUCAGCAAAAAGAUUGUUGCUCAUUCCACAAUGCCUAUAAAAAACAACCUUGCUAUCUAUGAAGAUGUUUUCAGGCCUGCAGUACUUGAUUAUGGUAUGUGGGACCAGGUGAGAGUGGAUCAUGGCAAGGAGUUUUAUUUGACGCUCUUCAUGCAGGAGCUUUUGUCAUCUCACCGCCACAAUCAGGAGCGAAUGCCUUAUCUUCAGACUUCAUCCACACAGAAUCACAUAGUUGAACGAAUAUGGCCAGAAGUCAACAAUCGUGUCAACUAUCCACUGAAGACAGCUCUUCUGCAGUUGGUGGAUCAAGAGGAAAUAGACAUGAAUGACAGUCUUGUGCGAUAUUGUGUGUCCAACCUGACUGGCCGCUUGUGUGAGAUUGGUCUUACAAGGCUGGUGGAGUCAUGGAAUGCUCAUCGCAUUCCAGAUAAAGGUAUACCAAAUAACUUGGCUAGCUGUGGGUGUCCCAGAAAAAUCCCACAGGAGCUGUUGCCUCGUUCGGGUGAAGCAGCAGACCUUUACAAUCUGCAGUUUGGAACCUCACUGACGAGACAUUCAACUUUUGGAGUUGAUCCAUUUUCAACUGAACAGGAGAAGAUUACAGUUGAGCACCAGUUUGCUGAACAAUAUUCUGAUAUCUCCAACUUAAUGUCUCGAGCAGUCAACAAUGAUUUUGCUCCCUACAAACAGGCAUUGCUCUGUCUUAUAACAACAACUCAGCGCAAUGUGUGA